UGUGAGAGACACGAUUAUGUAGGACAGAUCCCACUCUACUGAUAUUUGUAAAAUAAAAAGCAUAUAAAUUUUGCACGAAUGGAUAUGAAAGACAACACGUUGGAAUUAUAGGUCACAUAGUCCGUUCUUCGGGCUGUAUCUUGCGGCAAAACUUAUCAGCCGACGUUACGCCUGAAAACGUACGAAACAAUUGGUCAAAAGUAACAGACAUGACUUCGGCAAGGCGAUUCGAGUCGAUCCAGGAAGUAACAGGAGAACUGUUGGGCAUGAUAGAGAACAUGAAAGGCAACGCUCCUUCAAACGAGGUGGACCAUGUCAUCAGGAAUACUUAUAACAUUCGCGAUACUAUAUUAUACGCGCUCGGAGUCGGAGCUACGGUUCAAGAUUCAACUGAUAUGCGUUAUUUGUACGAGAAUGCCGAUGAAUUUGCCGUUUUGCCUACUUUCUACGUUUUGUACGGACCUGUAGGAUGCAUGACCUCGUCUAUCGUGCAAGACGCUCUUCCAUCUGGACAAAUUGAUCCGACACAGUUCCUUCACGGCGAACAAUAUCUAGAAGUUUAUAAGCAAUUGCCUACAGAAGCCACGGUGGAGACACGCUUUAAAGUUCAGGAUGUCAUGGACAAAGGGACAGGCGCCGUUGUCUUAGUUCAACGUAUGUAAAUGCAUAUCAUUCGUGGUACGAUAUU